AUGCACGAAUCGCUCUAUUAUCCGCCAUACUGUUUCAAUUUGAAUGCCACUGAAUUCGUAAAGCUCGGCUUCCCACCGGAAGCAUCCUCGAGUGGAUGCGAAGCUGCACAACCAGAUGAGAAAAAGUCGACGGCAAGACGUUCGCGUACCGCCUUCAGUGAUAAACAGCUUGAGGAGCUCGAGCGUUGCUUCAACAACUGCCAAUACCCCGACCUGGCGACGCGCGACCGUCUGGCCAAAAUGGUGGACUUGCCUGAGUCGAGGAUACAGGUAUGGUUCAAAAACCGUCGCGCCAAACACCGAAAGCGGCUGAACAAUAUGCGAAGGGGGGAGGUCGAUGAAGAGCUCGAUGGAGCAGAUGAGCGAGACGCUGACACACAGCCACCACCCACAAAGAUGAGCCCGAAGAAUGAUGGGGCCAUGAUUAGUGAG